AUCCACACUUUCGGCACCACCUUACCCAAAUUUCUGCUACUUAAACCACCGCCGGAGCUCAGACGAGCAGGAGAAGCAGGAGAAGCAGGAGAGGAGCCUCCGCCCGCAUACUCCUUCCCACUCUCUUGAAAAUUGAUGACACCAACUCCCUCUUCCUCCGCCUUCUUCUUCUUCUUUUUCCGGUGGCAUUUGAGUACAUCAGAGGAGAGUUGAGCGGUGUCAGUUAUUAUUCCAUCUUGAUCAGCUCUCGUUUAGUAUGGAGUUUGGGCGUUCUUGCGUUCUCUUCUUUCACCGUUACUCUUCGUCUUACUCCUUUUCUUAUGGUUGCAAUUCUGCUUUCGAUUCGGCUUUCUUGUGUUCAGGAGCUGAUUUCCCCGACCCCGAGAUCUCUGACUCUGUGUUGAAACCCUUUUAUUCUGAAUUCGUCGCCGCCGGGUAUCCCUUUACUGAUUCCGCCUGAUCCACCUAGAUUCUCGCUUUCUUUUUUCGUUUUCUGCGUUCUCUCCCUCUCUAAUUUUUCGUUGCCCAGAGCAAUCUCAAAGGUAGGGAAAGAAAAGAUGUUGUGUACGUUACAUUCUGUGCCAGUUCGUUUCCGCCAUCCAUCAUUCUCCACGGCAGCUACGACGGCUUCUUUAGCAUUCUGCACCACUCACUGUAAUCCUUUCUUCAACAGGUAUUCUCUGGUGAUUGUUCUGAAUUUUUUAUGUUUUCUUCUUUGGUGUUUAUGAUUUGAUUGUUGGAAUUCACGCAAUAGGUAGAGAAAUUUGAUUACUUAGCUGUGUAAUAGAGAUGGAACAGGAAU